UUAGUAACUUGAUGAUGUAGCUUGAAUAUGCAGUAAUCAAAGGUCGUAUGAUAACAAGGGAACAUUCUACCCACUAUUUCACCUUGGCAGUUUUUCUGAGAAGCUAGUAAAUAUGAUUCUAAGCAAAGGAUUAUACAUUCAUAAAUGGUAACAUAAUAUAUUCAAAAAUGUCAUAAGAAAUACAUUUUCUCCAACAGUGUAGACUUCCUCCUCCUGGGCAUCCGAGAGCACCUCCCGAACACACCAAAGAGCCCUUGGCAUAUAUGCGCAAAGCCCAGGCCGCCUGGGAAAAGAGGAUCACAAAAAGUUUAAACAGUAUGUGUACUGAAUUAGGAAUCCCACUGGCACGAGAGAGGUCGGUUUCAAUGCAGAAAGAGCUCACAAAUAAAUGGAACGAUUUGGGAACUGAAGAACCAGGUGAUGGAGCCACUCGCAGUCUGUUGUCAGAUUUUACACCCUGUCACGUAUUAGAGGUCACAUCUCAGUGGGUGUUUGUUCAUGCAUUGCAAAAUGUUUACACACAGUCGUUUGGCUUGUACACAGAAGCCCUGAACAGCCCCAUAACAAUGCUAUCAGUUUGCAGUGUGCAUGAUAACAUUACUGCGGACACUGGAAUAAACCAUUUUUGA